CACUGUCUAAGAAGGUCAUUUGCCUAGACUGCAGAGUGUCGUGGGUUCGAAUCCCACCCAGGGCAGCUCUUCUUCUUUUGAGCUGUCCUGGGUGUAGUUGACUUGUUUGCCUUGCCUUGCCUUUCUACCUCGCUACCAAGGCAUUUUCCCAUGUAGCUGAACGGAGGUCAUCUCUGGGCAAGGAGUGGCACCCGACCUGUCUCAGGUGUGGCAGCUGCGACAGACUGCUCUCUCCCGGUGGACACUGUGAGGUACACCCUCUCAUUUCGUUGAUUAGCCAACUCCAUUACAUAGCUCACUUUAUGGGAACUCAUCUUCUACUUAUAUACAUAAUUAUGUAUACCUAAGAAGUAUAGAGCAAUGGAGUUAUGCUCAGUUUUUGUUGAAACGGGCACAUAGAUUUAGAGAGAAACACUUUCAGGUUUGCAACACCAAAAAAUAACUGCUCUGCUGUGGUCUGGUACACAAUCCUGGGAAGAGCACUUGUCGAGGAAGAGUUGCAAGCAAAUGGGAGAUGUUACACUAUGCAUUGUAGCCUCGUGUAUUGAAGAGAGAUAAAGUAUUCUUUGUUCCCGGUGAAUAACUUAAUGCACCUAAUAAUAUGUGCUCAGUGAGUGUGUACCUGUGUAUAUGUAUUCUCUGAAUUGUACAAAUAUUACAUCUUUCCUCAUUCCGUCGCCAUCCCCACAGCACCUUGGUAACCCGUACUGCAACAACUGCUACCAGCAGAACUUUGGACCGGACGGAUUCAGACCCGGCUGCGUAGAGCCUCGCAAGUUCAAAAUGAACAACGCCGCACAGAGUGCAUCGGAAAAGUCAGUUUGUUUAAGACCCACAUCUUGGUCUGAACAGAACUCUGUCUAUUAUUGGGCGUGAAUGAAGCGUGUGUCAAUGAGGUAGAAAGGCAAGGCAUAGCAAACUAGUCAACUACACCCAGGACAGCUCUUUCUUUCCAGGGAAAAAAGAAGAUCUGCCCUGGGUGGGAUUCUGCUCUGGUAGACACUCUGCUUUCUAGGCAAGCGCUCUACCAACUGAGCAUGUGCUCAUGUGUAGAAGGUUGUAGUGUCAAUGCACAAUCUCUUAGUGUUCUGUGUCAAACCACGGUAUUGUUGUCUAGUUGUGUAUUUCUCCAGUUCUCUGCGAGUGUCUUGAUCAGAUCAAUACAUUAUAACUCUGCUGUUGGCAUUAUAACUCUGCAUUAUAACUCUGCUGUUAACAUGUAAGAGCUGAGCCGAAGUGCCCGCACAAGUCUGGAUAACUAAGGGUCUACAGUUGUAGAACUCAUUCUUUUGUACUGAUUCACGAGUGGUGUGUAUGGUAUAGAGUAUAAACAACAUGUCUCCCCCAAGGCAGGAGAUCCCGGCCAGGAUACGGGAGUACAACCUGUACAAGGAGGCUCCUCUGGACCAGCUCAAGUUCAGAGAGGUCAACAACAGAAUCCUGUUUGAAGGAGUCCUCAAGAUCUACUGGGGCAUCAAGAAUGCCCUCAUCCUGGCACCCGGCGCUGCGUAUGCAAAACAGCGCCACAAUCGUCAGUCCAUCUACGAUUUUGUGGGGGUGGACGACGGGGCGUACCUCAUGAUGCUGGAGGAGGCGUCCAAGGCCCAGAUGAGGCGAGAGCUGCAGGAUGGAGAGAAGAAGAGGUUGAGGGAGAUUACCGAGAACAGCGUCCUCAUGUCCAGUGCAGGGGCGGCUGACAUAGGCCCCACGUCCCUGUCUCAGGACAGCUAUUAUGACUACCUCCCGGCCCCCAGACUGGAGGCCAGUCUCAGCUACGACCCCUCCUCCUCCUCCUCCUCUUACUCCUCCCCCUCCCACUCUGCCACCGCCGAGGACAUCGAUGGCUCAGGAAUGAGCCGCUCUCUGGACCGCAGAUUCCUUCGAGAGAGGGAGAGGUCGGCCUCGGUGAUAGUGAGGAAACGCUCGGCCUCCUUCAGGAAGAUCUCUCGACAGAAGAGGAAAGAAGAGAUCAGCGACGACAGCAAAAUAGUUAAGAGACUGUUCACGCCACCAGAGGGCAGUCCCACUAACCUCCGCCUCUCCUCCACCAUCAGAACCAAUGACGUCGUACAAAUGCUCCUCUCUAAAUUCAAGGCAAAGAAUGACCCGUUGCUGUAUGGAUUGUACGUGGUCUACGACUCUGGAGCCCAGGACCAAAUCUCUGAGAAGCAGUGUCCCCUGAUGGUCAGACUCAGACUGGGCCCCAGCGAGGACAUUGCCAAACUCUACAUCAUGGAGAAGUCGGAUGCCAGAGCUGCUCAGAUUUCUGCUGAGGUGGCGGAGUGGAUAAAGUUUUCGCUGACAGAGCUGGAGCUGUUCUGUAAGAAGUACGAGGAGGAGGAGAAGAAGGAGGUCGAGAAGGUCAUACAGAGGUAUUUGCCACUGAAGGACUUGGUGUGGGAACAGUUGCAUGCAUUGGAAGCCCAGCACGGGACUCCUAACGGAACUAAACCCGUGUACGUAGAGACAGACGUAUAGUAUUAUAAUAUACCUCUCACACAGCUGUUUGUUUAGAUGUUUCUUAUUCAUCUGUACUAUAUAGUACAUGCACCUUAGGGCACGAGUAUUAUUUCUUUUUCUCUACACUUGCAAUUGUUUUGUUUGUGUAUCAGACACACUGUCCUGUCCCGUGAUAUAAUAAUAAUUAUAAUGGUGUAGCUAAUAGUAUUUAUGUUUGCCAUUUUCAGUUUGUAACUUUUGACACUAUCACUGGUAUUAGACACCAUAACACCAACUAUGACUGCUGAAGU